UCUCACAGGCUAAUAUCAGAGAAGAUAGGCCGCAAGGUCAGCCAGUCCUCCCCAGACUAGUGCCUGGAGACGCCCCUGCCGGAUCAUCAGCACAGCGGCCGUAUAAAAGUCGGUUCCUUCGCUCGUUCAGUAUUCAUCAGCCAGCCUCUGCCGUGUGCCGUGAGAGCAGCAGCCGGUCACCGAGCCCCCACACCGCCAACAUGCUGAAGUUCAUCGUCACCGUUGUCCUGGUGGGGACACUGUGCGUGGCGCAGCCGCUGCCCGUGGACGAGGUGUCGCUGCGCGGCGUCUUCCAAGCCAUGCUGGGCCAGCUGGACUCGGACGGGGACGGCCGCAUCACCCUGGCAGAGUUCCUGCCCCUGUGGCGGCCCAGCCAGCCCAACUUCACCGAUGACCAGUUCCGCAUCGAGUUCGACGCGCUCGACCGGGACGGCGACGGCGCCGUCUCGGAGACGGACUUUGUGACCGCCGCCAGCCACCCGGCGCCGCCGGAGCUGGUGCCGCUCAGUUUCCAGUCGGCCGACGCGGACGGUGACGGACACCUGACAGAGGCCCAGGCCAACCAGGUGGCGGAGGCGCUCAACCUGGCCGACGCCGAGCACGUGCGAUACGCCAUCCAGCACGCCGACCACGACGGAGACGGCACCUUCGACCUGGCAGAUUUCGUGGACGCCACCGAGGCGCUGAGACGCGGCGGAGCGUGAGCCCUCGGCCCGUCACGGCCGAGCGGAGUUCGGGCAGGGCCCAGGGGGUUCGGCGGGGAGAGAAACUGUGCGUCUAUGAAUCUGUCGUUUGUAACGUGUUAUGAAAAUGUAUCCCAGCGUGACCAGCGGUGGUGAGUACAAAUAAAUGGAAGAUUAUGACGGCA